AUGGAUGAAUGUAAAACUCCAACUUCCUCACGAAAUAAUACGCAAAACAUGAUUAUAGAUGUCAUGUCACGAAACAACACACAACAGACGGAUCAAAAUAUGGAUGAUGACGAAUAUGAAUCCUUAAACAAAUCACGAAACAAUACUCAACAAACAAAUCAAGAAUUGGAUGAAAACGGUGAAGAUUAUGAUGAUGUAGGAAAUCAAGAAGUUGAAAGUCCUCCUUCUAAUAAAAAAAGAAAACGAAUCACAAAGAAAAAAGGAGAAACCCAAGAAGAAAAUGAGUCAUCAACCUCCAACAAUAAAUCAAACAAACGUGCUUCAUCUACUGCUCAAAAAAAAUCUAAUACUAUAAAAUCCAAGAAAAAAUCUGUUCCUCAAACUGCAACUUCCGAUAUCGAAGAAACCAAUGAUAAGUUAACAACUUCAGAAAAACCAGCAAAGACCAAAAAAUCUGUUGGUAGAAAUCCUUGGACUUUAGAAGAUGAUAAAAGGUUGACUGAUGCAGUUUUGGUAAAUCUACAAGACGUACCUUGGUCUAAAAUCGCUCGUGAAAAUUUUCCCAAUCGUGAUAGAUCAGGUUGUUACAGCAGAUGGAACGUAAUCAAGAAAAGAUUAUAUCAGGAUAUAAAUGGUGGCGGAAGCGAUGAAAAGUGA